GAAGACUUAGGCGCUGAUUCACAACUAUGCAAGACUUUCCACUACGCCAUGGAGGAAAGCUCGUUUGCCAUCGAUCAAGCAAUCGCUCUCCAUCUGCCACGGCUUCGACGACGUCGAGGUGCUCGUCGACAUCAGAGGAGGCCUUCAAUAACUGUGUAAACUUGAGAAGAGCAUUCUACACAAAAUGCUCUUCUCCCACCCCCACGUCAAGGGCAUCAACUUCUACAUCCAACCAGUCAUUUCUCAAGCCCCACCCAUUCCAGGAGUGGAACAUGUGAGCGGCGAUAUGUUCGUAUCAGUUAUGCCAUUUUUACGAAGUGGAUACUGCACGACUGGGGAGACGAAGAAUGCGUGAAGACAUUGAAGAAUUGCCGGAAGGCGUUGCCCGAGAAUGGAAGAGCGAUGGUGGUGGAGUGUUUACUUCCGGCGAUUCCUGAACAGACUGCGCAAGCUCGAGCUGUGUUGCAGAUCGAUCUUGAUAUGAUGGGGGGCUGCCUGGGAGGAAAGGAGCGAUCCGAGGAGGAGUUCAAAGGAGAAUCAAUUGCAGAGCACUCAAGAACAUGCAUGCUAAAAUUAAGAGCUUCCUUUGCUGCUUGAAGAAGCGGGCUUUUAAGUGUAAGGACGGCCCAAAAAUAAUAAACCUUUGGAACUCUAGCAAACGAUCGAACAGAUGGUGUGCGCCCUGAGCUGCUUCGGUUCUCCUCCCUCUUCCCUUAACCCUAAAUCCAAUCCUUCCCCUCGCUUCUCCCCUCGUCUCCUCUCCCACCCUUCCUACCUUCUGCUCGAACUCUGCACCGACCGCCGCGAGCUCAGGCAGUUCCUCCCACAGGUCGUCAAGCGCGGCCUCCACCGCGAGCACGUCUUCCAGACCCGCCUCGUCGCCCUCUUCUCCCGCUUCGGCAGCCUCCGCGAUGCUGCCCUCAUCUUCGACGCAGUCGACCACAAACCCGAGGAGCUUUACCACUCCAUGCUCAAAGGCCACGCCAAAUACUCCUCCCUCGACCGCGCCCUCGCCUUCUACCUAGCCAUUAGGCGCGCUGGCGUCCGCCCUGCCGUGUACAGCUUCACCUAUCUCCUCAAGGCCUGCAGCGACCGGUCGGACCUUCGCACGGGAAGGGAGAUACACGCCCAGUUGUUUUCCAAUGGUUUCGGCUCCAAUGUGUUCGCUAUGACCGCGGUCGUCAACAUGUAUGCCAAAUGCCGCAGGAUUGAUGAUGCGCGGAGGAUGUUCGAUAGAAUUCCUGAGAGGGACUUGGUGGCUUGGAAUGCCAUCGUCGCUGGGUACGCACAGAACGGGAUAUCAGAAUUGGCUUUGCAGAUGCUGAUUAGAAUGCAAGAGGAUGGCCACAGGCCAGACUCGAUUACCCUCGUUUCAGCUUUGCCUGCGUGUGCAAACAUCAGAUAUUUGAGGAUUGGUAAAUCAAUUCAUGCUUUUGCGAUAAGAGCUGGAUUUGAUUCCAUGGUAAAUCUCUCAACUGCCUUUGUGGAUGUGUACUCAAAGUGUGGGGCUAUCGAAACUGCUAGAUUGGUGUUCGACAGUAUGCAUCUAAAGAAUGUCGUCUCAUGGAAUUCUAUGAUAGAUGGAUACGGGCAAAAUGGAAAUGCAGAGGAAGCUUUGAGCCUGUUCAAGAAGAUGCUGGCCGAAGGAAUUCAAGCAACUGAUGUAACUAUGAUGGGAGCUCUGUUUGCGUGUGGUGAAUUGGGCGAACUCGAGGAGGGAAGGCGAAUCCAUGGCAUGCUCAUAGGAAUUGGGUUGGAGUCGGAUACGUCUGUCGCAAAUGCUCUCAUCACUAUGUACUCCAAAUGCAAAAGAGUUCAUCUCGCAGAACAAGUGUUCGAGAAUUUGAAGGCCAAGACUCUUGUUUCUUGGAAUGCUAUGAUCUUGGGUUACGCGCAGAAUGAUCGGGUGGAGGAUGCACUGAGACUCUUUAACAAGAUGCAGUGGGAGAACGUAAGGCCAGAUUCCUUCACUAUGGUUAGUGUAAUCCCAGCAAUUGCAGAUUUAUCAGUGUUGAGGCAGGCAAAGUGGAUACAUGGUUUGGCUAUUAGAUUGUGUUUGGAAAAGAAUGUAUUCGUCAUGACUUCUCUAGUCGACCUGUACGCCAAAUGUGGCAGUGUUCGCAUUGCUCGGAAACUCUUCGAUUCAAUGGAAGAGAGACACGUGACUAGCUGGAACGCCAUGAUAGACGGUUAUUGCACACAUGGAUUAGGGAAAUCUGCAGUCGAGCUAUUUGAAGAGAUGAAAAGGAGCUCCGUGAGGCCAAACGACGUAACUUUCUUGAGUGUUCUUUCAGCUUGCGGCCACUCUGGUUUGGUCGAUGAGGGGCAGAAGUACUUCGACAGCAUGAAGCAUGACUAUGGCUUGGAGCCCCGAUCGGACCAUUAUGGUUGCAUGGUGGACCUUCUGGGUCGCAUUGGGAGACUCGACGAGGCCUGGGAGUUUAUUCAGAAAAUGCCUAUCGAACCUAGUAUCAGCGUCUACGGUGCGAUGCUGGGUGCUUGUAAGAUUCAUAAAAAUGUCAAAUUGGGAGAGCGAGCGGCAAAGAAAUUGUUUGAACUGGAGCCCGAAGAGGGAGGAUACCAUGUGUUGUUGGCUAACAUAUAUGCAACAGCCUCAAUGUGGGAGGACGUGGCGCGAGUGAGAACGACGAUGGAGAAGGCCGGCCUGCAGAAGACGCCUGGUUACAGUUGGAUGGAUUGGAAGAACGAGUUGCACACCUUCUAUUCCGGCGGAACGAAUCACCCACAAUCGGAGAAGAUAUAUGCGAGACUAGCGAAGCUAAUAGACGAGAUCAAAGCUGCUGGCUACGUGCCUCAUACUGAUUCUUCGCACGAUGUGGAAGAGGACGUCAAAGAGCAGCUGCUCAAUACGCACAGUGAGAAACUUGCGAUAGCGUUCGGGCUCAUCAAUACGGCACCAGGAACGACAAUUCAAAUACGAAAGAACCUGCGCGUCUGCAGAGAUUGUCACAAUGCGACUAAGUUCAUAUCACAAGUGACUGGCAGGGAGAUCAUUGUGAGGGAUAUGCAGCGGUUUCACCAUUUCAAGAACGGGCGAUGUUCUUGUGGAGAUUACUGGUAGCCAAUCUUUUGAUUGAAUCACCAAAGAAGAUGAUUUUUUUUUUGUUUUUCUAAUAAAAAAUUGCAUUUACCUCGUGCAA